AUGUAUCAACAAAAUUAUUCCAGGCGUGACGAUGAUGACGACGACGACGACUACAACAACAACAGACGCAAAAAGCAAGCUCAUCCUCCCGCCAGACAAGACAACGAGGGCAGACCUCUGUAUCCCGUGAUCCCCGCUUUCGGCGUCGCCAUUUCUCCUGCGCAUAAAUAUACCAUACAUGUAUAUCUUAUUUUCCAUCGAUUCGAUAACAUGGAGUCUGAAAAUUUCGUCGCGACGAUGUCGUUUCGCACGAUGUUUAAUGAUUUUGGGGGUAUGAGGGCGGUGGAUUUUUCGCCUGCGACGGAGGAUGCGGAUCCGCUUUUCGAUGUGAAUGGGGGCAAUCUGAGGGGCGUGAUGGUGGCGCAGAGGACGUUUAUGUGUAAGAUUGGAUGGCUGAAGAGGAUUGAGGGGAAAGAAGACGUGUAUUUGCGGAUUAGGAAAUGUUUGCCGUGUGCGAUAAGGUCGGAUAGCAUGACAGAUGAAGAGUGGGAGGAGAGAAGAGUGAAAGGGCCAGAAUCCAGAACGGAGUGGAUUUUAAAGGCUGUUAGGGUGCUGAAGGAACAGAGGCUAUGGGAGACUUUACCGAAAAAUGAGUUUCAGGCGAGGCAUAGGGAAGUGAUAAAGGUAGCCUGGAAGAAUAGGGGGUUAAUUAGCUUAAGACGGAACCUCUCGUUCGACGUGAAACAAGCGAGGUGCUUGGAUAAGAUUAUGGAUGAUGUCGGGACGGUUUUGUAUUCUAAACGUGAGGAAGCGUUGGAGGGGAACCCAGGGAGACAUAGAAGGAAGGGGGGUUGA